UUUUCUUCCUUGCUAUAAAAAUUUGGAAACGUUUAUAGUCAACUGGAUACAAAAUAUGUAGAACUAAAUUACUGUUUGCUAGCUUGCUAACGUCGACCUCACUCCCUCCUCACUAAAAUGGCCGCCGGACCGGGUUCGUGUCAUCCCUCAACGGUUGUUUAGUGUUGCUAGGCAACUUCAAAACGCCGUGGGAAGAGGAGCGGAAUGGCAGGGGACCUGUAGCGAUUACUGAAGAGGGCAAUUACCACAGUGUCUGGAGAUAUUUCCGCAUAUACUCAGUUUGUUUUCUCUUUCUUAUCUUCUUUAAACAUUUUUCGUGUAUGAUGUCAUCUGGCCAUCAGCUUCUCUCAGUGGACUUUAACCGAUAAAAGUACUAUUAUUUAGCCGUUCGUCAGCAGAACAUGUCUUCUGAUUUGCGUUAACUAACUAGGUAACCCAGUUAACUGCCGGUUAUAACAUGUUUAAAGCUGCCAAUGUGGAACCUGCUGCCUUUCAGCUCUUUAGAGAUGUAUUUAUAGGGCAGAACUGAACUUUUUUUUCCUGCCCUGAUCUUUUAUACAAGACAACUGCUGCAUAGUGUGUGAAGCUGAAUGGUGAGAGAUGGGGUCGGAGUCAGUGAAGGUGGUGGUCAGGUGCAGGCCCUUGAAUGACAGGGAGAAGGCUCUCGGCUCUAAGAUGGUGAUGUGCAUGGACCUGCACCGCUGCCAGUGCUUCAUAGAGAAGCCUGGGGCAGUGGAUGAGCCACCCAAACAGUUCACCUUUGAUGGGACCUACUUCAUUGAUCAAACCACUGAGCAGAUGUACAACGAGAUUGCCUAUCCUUUGGUUGAGGGUGUCACUGAGGGAUACAAUGGCACAAUUUUUGCCUAUGGUCAAACUGGAAGCGGUAAGUCUUUCACCAUGCAGGGGGUGUCCGAGCCUGCAGCCCAGAGGGGGGUUAUUCCACGAGCCUUUGAACACGUCUUUGAGAGCAUUCAGUGUGCAGAAAAUACAAAAUUCCUGGUGAGGGCCUCUUAUUUGGAGAUUUACAAUGAAGAAAUCAGAGACCUUUUGGGAAAUGACACCAAACAGAGAUUGGAGUUGAAAGAGCACCCAGAGCAUGGGGUGUAUGUACGGGAUCUCUCCAUGCACACUGUGCACAGUGUGGGAGAGUGUGAGAGAAUCAUAGAGCAAGGCUGGAGGAACCGGGCAGUGGGCUACACCCUGAUGAACAAAGACUCCUCGCGCUCCCACUCCAUCUUCACCAUCCACCUGGAGAUUUGCAACACUGAUGGAGCUGGGAAGGACCAUCUACGAGCAGGUAAACUCAACCUUGUGGACCUGGCAGGAAGUGAGCGUCAGUCUAAAACCGGUGCAACUGGAGAGCGACUCCGGGAGGCCACCAAGAUCAACCUGUCCCUUUCUGCUCUUGGCAAUGUCAUCUCUGCUCUGGUGGACGGACGCUCCAAAUACAUCCCCUACCGGGACUCCAAGCUGACUAGGCUGCUGCAGGACUCCCUGGGAGGGAACACACGAACCUUGAUGAUUGCCUGUCUCUCCCCUGCAGACAACAACUAUGAGGAAAGCUUGAGCACUCUGCGUUACGCCAACCGGGCCAAGAGCAUCCAGAACAGGCCUCGUAUUAAUGAGGACCCUAAGGAUGCUCUGCUCCGAGAGUAUCAGGAAGAGAUCAAGAAGUUGCGGGCCCUCGUCUCAGGCCAGCUGGGCACUGCUAAUCUUUCAUCUCUACUGUCCGGCCAGUUGUCUGAGGCUUCUCCUGCUGUCCCUUCAAGGCCACAAUCCAGCACCACAGAAGCAGAAAAGGAGAAGAUUAAAGAGGAGUACGAGGAGAGGCUCGCCAAGUUGCAGGCUGAGUACAAUGCAGAGCAGGAAUCCAAAGCAAAGCUGCAGGAGGACAUUGCUGCCCUGCGUUCCUCCUAUGAAUUUAAGCUGUCUUAUCUGGAGAAAAUCCGAGCCAGCAGGGGGAGCUCUGUCACAAAGAAUGUGAGCUCCAGCUGUAUGACACAGGUCGCUGAGGAAGAGCUGAGCAGCAGCACAACUGAGGAAACUUCCCUGACCGAGUCCGCUGUACCAUGUGCAGCUGUCAGUGUCCAAGAAGGUCCAGAUGGAGAUGGGCUCAUAGACUCACCUGAUGUCACCACGGCAGGGUCUCUGGACCAGAAACAUGUUCUGGAAAGGCUGCAGCAGCUAGAGCAGGAGGUGGUAGGAGGAGAGCAGGCCAGAAACAAAGAGUUACAGCAGAGACACCGACAGAGGAAGAACCUCGCUGAUCAGAGAAAAGUCCAGCUCAUCAGGGCCUUGUCAGAGAACAGCGAGGAUAGUGAAAAUGUGUUGUUAAAUGUCUACAACUCCAUCCAGGAAGAGGUCCAUGCCAAAAGCCAGAUGCUGGUCAAAGUCCAAGGCAAGCUGAAAGCAGCCAAACUGGAGAUCCGUGACCUGCAGGCAGAGUUUGAGGUGGAAAGGGACGACUACCUGGCAACCAUCCGCCGCCUGGAGAAGGAAGGCCAGUUACUACACAGCCUGCUGGAGCGUAUGGUGCCCCUGGUGCGCCGUGACUGCAACUACAGCAACCUGGACCGCCUGAAGAAAGAAGCUGUCUGGGACGAGGACAGCGCCUCUUGGAGACUGCCAGAUGUGAUGGUGCAGAAAACAACACUGCCUUCAGCAGUGGCUCCAAAACUUCCAGCUCGCAGAAGCUCAGCUACUGAUAUAGGAGAUCCAUUUACACAGGUGGAAGAGGACAGGUAUAAGGAAAUGCUGGACCGCAGUGACAGUGAAAAUAUCGCCAGCAGCUACUUCAAGUCAAAGAGGGCGAGCCAACUGCUGGGAGGUGAAGCCACCAAGGGACACGUCAUCCACUCUCCUCCCCUUGUUAAUGGGGCGUCCCACCUAACUGUGAGCGGUUCCAACAUGAACCUGCCUGUCAGCUCAGACUCCGUUCUGCCACGUCCCUUCCGCCUCGAGUCGUUGGGUGUCCCAGUGUCCAAUGGUAAGGUGAAGCGUAAAAAAAGCAAGUCUCACAUCCAUAAUGAGGGGAACUGAAAGGACUGAAUUCACAUGCCCUUUCUACUCUAACAUAUCUCACUGUCUUUUGUUUUUGACAGAGAUUUUAUACGCUGUGAUUGAUCCAAUAUUGAAUAAAAUAACCACUGCUAACAGAAAUGUGUAUAUACAGUAGAAGACACUCUUUGUGGACAACAUCAGUCCAGUUGUGACAUUUUUAAAAUCACAUCUUAAUGUUAAUUUUGAACAAAAUGCUACCUACAGUAUCAUACUACCCUUGAAUAUUUGCACUGUAUUAAAAAAAAAUGUGAUUCAUGCACUGUGAGACUCAAAGUCCAGCAUCUCUAUUUCACUUCUAAUGUAUUUUGCUGUCACUGAUUGUAAACCAGUUUUAGCUUUUUCCAUUUCAAACAUUUGAAAUUCUGCAUAUGCUGCUGAAUAGAAAUAAAAUUCAUUAAGUUA